GUUUUCACGAGAUGUACUCUGAGCAUCACGCAUAACAAGUUCGCGUGCAUUAGAUACUAGCGUUUGGUAAAGAUACGUUUUAAAGAAGGGUGACGCUUUUUAAGUGGUUGAUCCAACCGUGAAAUCAGCAUAUUUGAAUUUACCGCCUCAAGAGAAGAGGUUGCACUGCGGGCUGUCUGUAAGGUAGUAGAAGACUAGUCAGUUCCGAGAUGCAGCAAGCUAGCUAGCAACACUGUCUUCUGAAGUAACGUUACCGGCCAAUUUAUACUCAUUUCCAAUCUUUAUUUUAAAAAGUAGUAUACGACAGUAAAUAGCGACAACGCAAAACGUUUUUCUCGGAGUGUUUGGUAGCGUAAAAUUACUUGGUUGGAUUAGACAUAUCAACUAUUUCAAAUGUGUAUGCUAGCUAGGUAGGUCAGUCAAUUCAAUAGGAUAUCAAAUGCCGAUAUUUUUACAGAGUUCACGUGUAGACCGUCUUAAUUGAGAGAGAGUAUGAGCGAAGGGGAAGUUUUCCAUGAGAAGCAGAGACUGGAGUUGUGUGCCAUCCACGCUCUGAACAACGUGCUCCAAGAAAGAGUAUUCACCAAGGAGACGGCAGACGACAUCUGCAAGCGCCUAGCCCCCCAAUGCGUUGUAAAUCCGCACCGCUCCAUGCUGGGUACAGGGAACUAUGAUGUUAAUGUCAUCAUGGCAGCUCUGCAGAGUCGUGGCCUGGCAGCAGUGUGGUGGGACAAACGAAGGACUGUACAGAGCCUGCGUUUGGACAAAGUUCAGGGCUUCAUUCUCAACGUUCCCUCACGAGUGUCAUUAGGAAUUGUAUCCCUUCCUCUCAGGCGGAGACACUGGCUCGCUGUUCGACAGGUUGGGGGUAACUACUACAACUUGGACUCCAAGUUAAAGGGUCCCACAUGUAUUGGAGGGGAAGCCGAACUGCGCACGUUCCUCAGCGAGCAGCUCUCUCAGGACGUCACAGAGAUGCUCCUGGUGGUCCAGAGGGAGGUGGAGGAGGAUGGAUCAUGGCUGAACGCAGAUGACUCAAGAAAGUGAUCUCUCCACAUGGGAUGCUCUUUCGCUAGACGAUGAAACCAGAUUGGAAGAAAGCUGACUGUACGGGAGGCCCCCCUCCAUAUAAGCACUGCAGGUGUUUUGCAGGAGAUUUGAUGGAUCACGGACACAUAUACACAUAACGAUGUCCUCAAGGAGGACUGUUACCAUGAAGGACUGAUUUAUUUGAAUGAUUACACUCUGAGUGGAUAUCACUUCAACAGUAGCAUUACCUACUCUGUCUCUCGCUGUCUCUCUCUCUCUUUCAUUCUCUCUCUCUCUCUUUCUUUCUCUCUCUCUCACACACUACAGUCUCAAAUUUUCUCUCUUUCUCAGGUUGAUAAGUACUUGAUUCGAAGGUGUGAGAAUCAAUAGUUCUCCAAUGUUCUUCUCUUUUAAUGCAUCUAUGCACUGCACUGCUUCAGUAGACACGAUGGAAUUGGCUUGUCUUUCUCCAUCUAUGCACAGAAGUGUUUGACAACAGCUGACUGGCCAGCUGUCCGUAUAUUGUUAUACGUCUGUCUUUUGUGGUGUCUGUCUGUCUGAACUAUGCAUUCUAUACUGACCCAAGACUUCUCGAGAGAUGUCUUUCAGGAUUUCACCUUUUGGUCUCUGUCAGUGAAGCUCAGAGGAAAUGAAAACAACUAAUAAAGUGAACUGAUGUUAUUUAUAAGAA